UUUGUUCAAAUAUUGUUGAAAAUGACCUCGCCGCUGGAGAAUUUGGAAACCCAACUAGAAAUGUUUAUCGAGAACGUGCGCCAGAUACGUAUAAUUGUGAGCGAUUUUCAGCCACAGGGUCAAAACGUACUCAAUCAAAAAAUCAACAGUUUGGUGACCGGUCUGCAGGAAAUUGAUAAAUUGCGUCCACAAGUGCAGGAUGUUUAUGUGCCUUUCGAGGUGUUCUUCGAUUACAUUGAUCAAGAUAAAAAUCCGCAACUCUACACGAAGGACUGUGUGGAAAAGGCGCUCGCUAAGAAUGAGGAAGUAAAAGGCAAAAUCGAAAGCCUGAAAAAGUUCAAAGCAAAUCUGCUAAUGGAAUUGUACAAAACAUUUCCCACAGAGAUGAACAACUAUCGAGCGUACAGAAAAGACUCAAUUUAAACAACGCAAAAAAAAAAUUAAUUAAAAGUACUUUUUAUAUAUAUACAUACAAAAA